AUGAACCCGCUCAGCUCUGGUCGUGCCCCCGGUCUGGCACAAUGGGCCGGUGCCGCAUCGACCAUGAAUGCGUCGUUGGUGCUGGACCAGCCGGGCAACGUCGCAUACACCAAUCUUGAUCUGAUUUCAGGAAGAGUCGUGGUGCGCACAGGGAAGAGCACCGACAUCAGCAACAUUGUAGUCAAACUUGAAGGCGAGUCACGCACGAGAUUGAUGACACCGCCUGGCCCAGAUGGUCAGCGACCAAAGCCACAAGUCGAGGUACAGGUUGUGUUUCCACCUACAGAUGUGCAACAAUCCCGGGCUCACAUGGCUGGAAAGGCCGCAUACACCUUGCCAGCUGGACAACAUGAGUACCCCUUCAGUUUCAAGCUGCCGUUUAACAAUGCAUGCUCUGUUCACCAGAAAAGCCAAGUGCCGGUCAUGAUCGGCAUGGAGGUCGCGAUGCCUGCGACACAACAUGUCAAGAGGACGCUUCCUCCGACUAUGUCUGGCUUUCCGGGCGAAGCUGAGAUUCGAUACUUUGUCAAGGUGACUGUUGGUCGGAGUUCGUUCUUCAAGGAGAAUCCGAGAGCUUAUGCGCCUUUCAACUUCUUCCCAAUAGAGCCGCCGAGACCUCCUAGUUCAGGAUCAGAGAUUUACGCUCGCCAAAGACAUGUGUUCAGCCCUUUUCCCGAUGAUGUGCCCUCCAAGGAAAAGAUGAGGAGCUUGUUCGGGAUGAAGUCGAGUGCGCCGAGUUCUCCGACGAGUCCGACCUUCUCCAAAGAAGCACCGAGUCUCAGCGUGGACGCAAGGCUACCAGAGCCUGCUCUUCUGACGUGCAACAAAGACAUUCCCUUGCGGUUGCUAGUAAAGAAGCUCAAUAGCUGCAACGACACAGUAUUCUUACAAUCGCUUCAAAUAUCGCUCAUCGGACUCACCAGGAUCCGAGCGCAUCAGAUCUACCGCACAGAAACCAACAGCUGGAUAAUCACAAGUCAAAGUAACCUGAAUGUUCUCAUUGGCACAGCCUCGGAUGCCGAAGGUACUGAGAUCGUUCUAGACGACAGAGCAUGGCGUGGUGUCCCUCUACCGACAAAUGUCGCACCUUCUUUUGUUACCUGCAACAUCGAACGCUCAUACCAAUUGGAUGUUCGAAUAGGCCUUAGCUAUGUUGGGAAUAGCAGCCACAAGCCACAAAGUGUAGUCCUACCACUCAGACUAGACGUGCAGGUGUUCUCUGGCAUCGCACCACCCCCAGAGGUCCUAGCCCGCAUGGCACAGGCCUCCUCGAAAUUGCAGACUGAUCCCUUGUCCGAAAAGCUUCAAGUCGAGACCGAGCUACACCCCGACUUUGGCUCGAAUCAAAUACCACCCACACCCGUUGAACUUGGCAGUUCAUCAAGUCAUGCAUGGCCUGGCCAGCCCGGAAGUGGCCCUAUUGAAGACUACGGAGAUGCGCCACCGAGUUACGAAGAUGCGAUUGCGAAUGAUGCGCCUUCAGUCGUGGCUCCCAGGMCCACAUAUGCGCCGCCUGCUCCUAUCGACGACCCUAUGCUAGGUGGCGACGAGAAGAAGAGCAUGCAUUGA